AGAUCCGUCUCCCUUUCCAUCCAACUGUCCCUCCUCCCGUGCCACGUUCCGUCCUCCAACAGUAUUAUAAUAAUUAAAAAGACACACGUAUACACACACACACGUAUAUACAUACACGCACAUGUAUAUACAUACACAUAUAUACACACAUAUAUAUACGCACACGCAUGUAUAUGCACGCACAUGUAUAUACGCAUGUAUAUACAGACACGUAUACACAUACAUACACACAUAUAUAUACACACACGCAUAUAUAUAUACACACACGCAUAUAUAUAUAUAUAUACAUAUAUACACACACGCAUAUAUACACACACACACACACAAAAUGCUGCAGACUCUGGAAAUCGACAAACAAACAAAUUGCUGGAGAAGCUCAGCAGGGCCUGGCAGUGACUGUGGAGAAAGCAAUGGAGUUAACGUCUAUUCUCUUUCUCCGAACCCCCAACUCUUUUCUCCCCCCCCGCCGCCCCGAAACUUCCAAGCUAAUCAUCCCAUGGGGAGAGGGGAUCUGGGCAAAGUGAUACGGAGGUAACCGUGAAUAAUCCCUACCUAUCUGCAUUCCUGGAGGGGUCCACGUAUUGUCUAAUCUUUGACAGCGGUCUUAUGGUGAAACUUUGAAUCAUUACUCCUUGGAGUGUAGAUGAGUUUAUUGCAGCAGAGGGUGGUGGAUGCUGAAAUUAUAUCCCCCCCCCCCCUUUUUGUGUAGGAGAAUUGAGAGCUCGUUUAAAGAUUUGGGGGUUUCCAUCGACGGUGCGGGUGAAAGGUGUUUCUUCUGAGCACCAUUUUUAGGCCACAAAACCCGUCUGGUUCACUGUUGUUCAGGGGAGAAAAUCUGGCGUCCCUAGCCGGUCUGGCCUACAUGUGACUCCAGGCCCACGGCGAAGUGGCUGACUCCUAACUGAAAUUGUCUAGCAAGACGUUUGAUUGAACUGCCAAUAGAGGUGGCACCAUAAAUCCUGGCUUUGCCAGCAGCGCCCAUAUAACCAAAUAAUUCUUUAUUCAUUUUGUCCUGCCCCCUGGACUGUACAAAAGCGAGGGAUGCCGGUUCAAAGUGGGUGCCGGAAACGAGAGCCUGCAGGGCUUCUCAAUUGGCGGGUCGAGACAGGAGGAGAGCUGAUCAUCAUUCAUCUUCCUCCCCCAGAAGUGUUUAAACAUACUCCACACAGGGUGUAUGAUGGGAGGUAAGCAUGGCCGAUGAGAAAAAAGUGAAGAUCAGCAAUACGCUGCUUCCCACCGAGUCAAUGAAGGUGAUCGCUGAGUCCAUAGGGAUUUCCCAGCUCUCCGAGGAAACGUGCCAAAGCUUGACUGAGGAGGUCAGCUAUAGGAUCAAAGAGCUGGCACAGGAUGCAUUGAAGUAUAUGUACCACGGAAAACGGAAGAAACUGACGACGGUCGACAUCGAUUGCGCACUGAAGCUGAAAAAUGUCGAGCCGCUGUAUGGGUUCCAUGCCCAGGAGUUCAUUCCGUUCCGCUAUGCCAGUGGGGGUGGGCGGGAGCUCCACUUUUAUGAGGAGAAGGAGGUCGACCUCAGCGACAUCAUCAACACACCUCUCCCGCGGGUGCCACUGGACGUCUGCCUGAAAGCUCACUGGCUCAGUAUAGAAGGAGUGCAACCUGCCAUCCCAGAGAAUCCCCCGCCAGCCCCUAAAGAACAGCAGAAGGCCGAGUCUACAGAACCUUUGAAGGUUAUCAAACCAGGCCAGGAGGAAGAAGGACAGGGCAAGGGCAAAGGUCAAGGGGCUGCAGCCACCGAUGGCAAAGGUAAAGAUAAAAAGAAGUCUCUGCUGGACGGGGCUGUGCUGAAACUGAAACCGAGGACCACGCAUGAGCUGUCUGUGGAGCAGCAGCUGUAUUACAAGGAGAUAACAGAGGCUUGUGUGGGCUCCUGCGAGGCGAAACGUGCAGAGGCCCUCCAGAGCAUAGCCACCGACCCGGGCCUGUACCAGAUGUUGCCCAGAUUCAGCACCUUCAUAUCAGAAGGGGUGCGUGUGAAUGUGGUACAGAAUAAUCUGGCCCUGCUAAUCUACCUGAUGCGGAUGGUGAAGGCGCUGAUGGAUAAUCCUACGCUGUACCUGGAGAAAUACUUACACGAGCUGAUCCCCGCGGUGGUGACCUGCAUCGUGAGUCGCCAGCUGUGCCUGCGUCCCGAUGUAGACAACCACUGGGCUCUCCGCGACUUCGCUGCCCGCCUCAUGGCGCAGAUCUGCAAGAACUUCAGCACCACCACCAACAAUGUUCAGUCCCGCAUCACCAAGACCUUCACCAAGAGUUGGCUGGAUGACAAGACCCCCUGGACGACGAGGUAUGGCUGCAUUGCAGGAUUGGCGGAGCUGGGCCACGAUGUGAUAAAGACUCUGAUCAUCCAGAGGCUGCAGAUUGAAGGGGAGCGUAUCCGAGCUGUACUGGAAGGACCUGUCGUUAGUAACAUCGAUAAGAUUGGAGCGGAUCAUGUACAGAGCCUGUUACUGAAACAUUGCGCACCGGUAGUGGCGAAGAUCCGAUCUCCUCCUGACAACCAGGAGUCCUACAAGACCGACUACGGGUACCUGGGCCCCAUUUUGUGUACCCACGUGGUGAAAGCCCGUGCCCAGGCUGCCAUGCAGGCCCAGCAGGUGAACAGAACAACCCUAACCAUCACCCAGCCUCGGCCCACGCUGACAAUAUCGCAGUCCCCACAAACGUCGCGGGCCCCCAGUAUCAUCAAAGUGCCCAGCUCCAUCACGCUGCCCAUGCAGACCCUGGUCUCUGCCCGGCCGUCCACUCCAACUCAGCCCUCCCCCCCGGCAACCAAGUUCAUCAUGAUGUCUUCGGCGUCGGGCUCCUCCAGCACGCAGCAGCCCAGACCCACCCUGACUAUCUCCCAGAGCCCGCAGUCGUCUCAGCCCUCGACCAGCCCCAGCAUCUUCAAGGUGCCCAGCUCUAUCACACUGCCGAUGCAGACUCUGCUAACCCGCCCGUCCACCCCGACCCAGUCGUCUCCGUCGCCGACCAACUACAUCGUGAUGUCCUCCAGCUCGACUUCCUCUAGCACUCAGCAGGUGAUCACGUUGAGGACAACUCCGUGCGGGACAGGCAGUGUGUCACCUGUCACCACUACAGUCGCCAACAUUCAGCCGAUUGUCAAACUGGUCUCUACCUCUCAGACUGCGCCCAGCAGUACGGUGACUGGGAGCACCCAGAAGUACAUCGUGGUCUCUCUGCCCUCAGCCUCGGAAAGCAAGGCCCAGUCCAGCAACAGCUCUUUACAGCAGCACUCACCGAAAUGAGGGCCUUCUGGGGGUUGUGGGGUGUGGGCAGGGGAAGCAAGGAAUGGUGUACCUAACGUAGCAGGCUCUCCUGUUUGUCUGUUCCCUGCUCGCGGCACCUUCUUUCUCUCCCUCCUUCUCCCACAGCACCAGCUGAGGAGCAGCAACAUAGAUGGGGGUCGCAGUGUGAGGGAGUCUCUGAGCUGUGUGCGGAUCAGGGCCCACACCAGAAGGCGGGUGUGUGUGUAGCUCUGGCUGUGUGUGUGUGUGUAUAGCUCUGGCUGUGUGUGUGUGUGUGUAUAGCUCUGGCUGUGUGUGUGUGUGUAGCUCUGGCUGUGUGUAGCUGUGUGUUUGUAGCCUUGGCUGUUGUGUUUACGUGUGUAGCUCUGGCUGUGUGUGUGUGUGUGUAGCUGUGUGUUUGUGUGUAGCUCUGGCUGUGUGUGUGUGUGUGUAGCUCUGGCUGUGUGUGUGUGUGUGUAGCUCUGGCUGUGUGUGUGUGUGUGUGUGUGUGUGUGUAGCUCUGGCUGUGUGUGUGUGUGUGUAGCUCUGGCUGUGUGUGUGUGUGUGUGGCUCUGGCUGUGUGUGUGUGUGUGCAUGUGGCAGGAGGUAUGGGUUUGGAGGUUGUGUGUGGUGUGGCUGAUGUCUGGGAGAUUAUCUCCAGCAGCCCUGAUUGGCAGUGACUGAUCCCCCUACACUGAGAUGUACACAGAGUAGGGCCAGGGGAAAGGGGCCGUGAGGGGUGGGUUUGGCUGACAGUGCCACCUGCCAAAGUGUGGUACACCUCUUGUAAAUACUGACACAGAAACUCAGGCCAUUGGCUAGUUACCCCUCCCUUUGCCCGAAUCACGCACAUGUUAGUCGUGAUUUUUUUUUGUAAGAAUAAAUUUCAUUUCGUCAAAUUGUU